AUGACUUCUACGAGUACCGUCACGCAGCUCUCUAUCCCGCUGCCCCGCUCCCUCGAUACCCGCAUCCACAUCCACCUGAGCACCAAGGCCAAGGUGGCAACCCUCUUCCUGACCUCAGUGACGCAAGACGAACAGUCGGGACCGGCAGCACUUGGCUCGUUCGUAUACGCACUGCCAAACAGACUUGAGCCGGCUCAGCCCAUCUCAACGGCCAUUUACUCGGUGGAGUCAACGCUGGAGUUCACGACGAGGAUGGCCAAGCUGCUAGCCAAGAGAGCCAACAUGCCCGUUUACGUCGGAUGCUCCAUCAAUCUCGGCGGCGCGGCCAUGGGUCUCUCGGUGGAGGAGGAGAUGGAGGCGUUCCGGGCCAUCGUCGACGUCGUCACGGCGAAGCUCAAGGGAGAGCCCUUGGUGAACGGUGCCUGA